UAGCGUCCACAGACACAGGGGCAGCCAAGUAUCAGACAAACUAGUACCGAUCGUUUGCUGGCUAGCUAGGAGUUGACGGCAUUUAACAUAAAAUAUAUUUACUUUUGUUUGAGGCGCUCAAGAGUUUGAGAAGAAUUUAGUUAUCUGUGUGAAAAAGAUGUCAACUCCAGCAAGACGACGUUUAAUGAGAGACUUUAAACGGCUGCAAGAAGACCCUCCAGCUGGAGUUAGUGGGGCCCCAUCAGAAAACAAUAUCAUGGUAUGGAAUGCGGUCAUUUUUGGACCGGAGGGAACACCAUUUGAAGAUGGAACCUUCAAACUUACCAUUGAAUUCACAGAAGAGUAUCCAAAUAAACCUCCAACAGUGCGAUUUGUCUCCAAAAUGUUUCAUCCUAAUGUGUAUGCAGAUGGCAGCAUAUGCUUAGAUAUACUUCAGAACCGUUGGAGUCCAACCUAUGAUGUCUCUUCAAUUUUAACUUCAAUACAGUCUUUACUGGAUGAGCCAAACCCAAACAGUCCAGCCAACAGCCAGGCAGCCCAGCUCUACCAGGAAAACAAACGGGAGUAUGAGAAGAGGGUUUCCGCCAUUGUUGAACAGAGUUGGCGUGACUGUUGACCUUUGUUAUUGUUGAGAGUAUGAAUGGUGUCCAGCAUGGAAUCAAGAAAAUCACUGAUCAAGAAAACAGAUAUAACACACCUUUUUAAAAUCGUUCAUUUGUUCUGUUGCUACGUUUGUGAGCUGUAGUGCUUUUGGCAUUCACUCCUGCAGAGUUCUAUUGUUGGACAAGAGCGGUUGUUUGUUCAGUUAGUGUACCUUGUUAUAUAUCUGGGUUACUUACUACACCCCAACAUUUGUUUUAGUACUAUAGCCUGCCUUUCAGUUGGAACAGCUUACUUUCAUUCAUAUGAAGUGUAC